AAAUACUUUAAUAGCUACUAUUUCCAUCGCUAAUAUGCGAAUGUUUUAUUUUAUAAAUAAUAUUUGUGAUUUGCAUUUAAUAACUUGAUGCGUAUGUAUAUAAAUCAUUAGAAGAGUAUACUGGAUAUAUAACAUAAUGAUUAGAAUAGUUGCAUUAAAUGAAGAAUGCAAUGAAGAGCCCGAGGACCAAAUCGUGGUUACAAAAGAAGCGCAAGAAGCAAUCGCAGAAGCGGAAUAUUUAAAGGCAAUAAACCUAAAAUGGAAAGGAGAUGUAAAGUUUGCACUUUCUUUGCUAAACCAGCUCUUGGAAACACAAGUUCUCAACGAGCUGCUCGAAGAAGAUCCAAAUGGCAAAUUACGUACGAUUCGUUACAAUUGUCAUAAAAAUAUUGCUUUUAUAUACGAAGAGAAAAAUGAGAAUGAAUUGGCUUUGGAGCACUAUAUAAUGGCCACGCAAUUUGAUGACACAGAUGUACAUACUAUGCAUCGCUUUGGUCAGCUUGCAUUAAAGCUUAACGCAAUAGAGCUGGCUGAGUUCGCUUUUGAGCGAUGCCUACGUUGUAAUGCACAACACUGGAGUGCCGCUGAUGGUAUGUUACGAACGCUAUGUGAGAAUCAUAAUAUAAUCGGCGCAUAUGGCUACGCAUUGAAAUUAUACACCAGAGAUCCCACCUAUGAACGUGCAGCGAAAAUUCUAUAUGAAAUAUCUGACACCUUUAAAUCAUCUAUGCCGCUUUGUGAAGAUAUGUAUGGACCAAUACCGAAAAGUUUGAAACCACUCACUACGUGGACAAAGGAGAGCGCAUUUCCGCGGAAUUAUCGCAAUGCUGAUACAGAAAAGGAUAACACAAAUUCUACACUGCCUGAUGAAAUUAUGCAAAAGAUAUGUGUUACAGAAUUAAAUUGGGUCACUGUAGGACAGUAUAUAUUAGCGUUAUAUCAAUAUAUGCAAGAAAACGGCAAAAUAUUAAUUAAGCUAUUAAGUUUAAAAGAUAUAUUAGCUGAUAGCAGUAAUGCGAGUAAAAUAGAAAAUGUAGCACAUCAAGAGAGUUUCGGUCAAACGGAAAUAAGCACAGCGCCAAGUAGUAAUUCCAAUGAUAACAUGGAUGUAGUACCAGAAACAGACUUGAGUAGCACUAAUAUAGCUACUGUGACUACAGCAGAAACGCUAGUUACCAACACACCACCCACAAGUGAUGCGGAGCAAACAAAGAAAGUAGCCGAAAAUUCACCCGAUGAAGCGGAAAAUUAUGAGAAAUCAACCAACAAUUCCGAAGCGAAUAAGACUAAACCACGUAGACGCUGCAGUGAUUUACAUUUUCUGGAACAAUGGGGUUGGCACAAAAAUCGACGUUAUAAUUCACGCAAAAAAGUUGCAACCGACCGUGUCGAAGUGGAUACCACGUUAAAGGGUAUAUUAAGAAAGAUUUUCGCCAAAUACUCGAAUGUUAACUUUGAUGCAGAGUGGCCUUUUGGCACUGUUAACAACAAUGACAAAUUAGUUGAUGAGAAAUGCAAAACCUGCAAAGAAAUAAUGUCAAAUGAGGCAUUUCAGGAAAUAACACGCGCAGCUUUUGACGAGUUUGUUGCGAAAAUUGAGGCUAAAUCUCUGGAUCCACCGCUUUUGGUUUUCGAAUGGCUCAAAAAUAUCUCAGCUUUUUGGACAAAAGCUGUGCCUGAUGACAUACGCGUUUUAUAUCUGGAGAUAUUUUGUAUUUAUUUGGACAAUUUUGACUGUUCACCAUGGAAUCAGAAGAGCGUUGAAGAUAUCGAAAUAUUUUACCGGAUAUCUAUACUCUAUCUAGAAUUCAACUACACUAUCAAAAGGGCACAGGAUGCCGACCUUUCAACCAUAUGGAAGCAAGUUUUUGAUCAACUGGCCUUCAGAUCUGGCACUGCUUUAGUGGCGCUGGGUCAAGCAUUCAAUCAAUAUAAAUUACGUCUUAUCAAUUUAGAGUACUUAUGGUUUGACAUACGUAAUGAGUUGGACAAAUGUAUUGCAUGUUUGGAGCAUCAAGCAGAUAUUGUCUCACUUUUCGAUGAUAAUGAAUAUAUAUUACAUUUGCCGAAUUUAAAUACAAAAUGUAUAACAAAAUAUGUAUUGCAAGAAGCUAUAACGGAUUUUAAAAGGCGCAUUUCAUUGAGCAAAAUACCCAAACUGUUUGAGGAAGAAAAAUGGCAAGAAAUCGUGCAAAUACUAACCGAAAACUUAUGCAAUGAUGUGGAAAUAGAAAAUUGUGAAAAUUGGGUGAAAAAUUUUAAAACUCAAGUCGAAAUACUGCUACAAUCGCUAUGGAAUCUGACUGCCUUUGAGGAUUGCAUGAAAUGGGCUGAGAAAUGUUUGCACUUUAGUAUUGUGAAAUAUAUGAAAGAAGCAAACAAAAUACGCCAACAAGAAUUGUGGUCUGUUGCAUUGAAUUAUAUUUACUCAUAUAUAGAAGUAUUAAUUUUAAAUGAAGGCACAGAUAUUUUGCUUUGCCUCGAAGAGACGCUGGCACGUCUCGUCCAGAAUACCAUAUGUGUAUUGUCAUUUCAUUUGGAUGCAAAUCAACCUAUUGAUAAAAACAGCAAUCCCGAACACGAGCUCAAUAUGAAACGACCUUUUGUCAUUUUACAUCAAAUACUGUUGAGUGAUGAGAAUAGCACUUUAACCGUGGCCAAAUGCAAAAAUAACACUGAUGUCGAAGAAGAGGAGGAUCCAUUGCCAGGCUCAUUCACUUUAUUAUUUACAGCACAUGAAUUUUUGGGCAAAUUUCAGGCGUGCACACGUAACAGUGGUGAUUUUUUGCAUUAUAUUUUGGAUGUCAUUGUGCCGAUAAUUAGAGCGCCACUCUAUGAUUCGUGUCGCGAUACACUCUACGAAUAUUUGGAGCAAGUGACAUUUUGUUUGUACGGUUAUCCACAAAAGAAGGCACGUUCACGCCAUCUAGAGGAUCAUGAGGCAACCAAUGUCGAACUGACAUGGGCGAAGGCGGUACAAGUAUUUGAUUUAUAUAAACCGGAGUGUUUACCUGAAAUAAACUCCUACAAAUUGGAUUCGAUAACGGCGGAUUUGGAGCAAUUUUUCUUAAAAAUUGUUGCCUUAAUGCCAACCGAACUGGAUCCAACGCCAGCAACUACGAAAAUAUUAGAAUUCAUUAAGGGAAAUGAUUUUGAGACACUAGAACCAGCGCAUACAUCACUGCCAUAUAAGAUACGAUGUAUUUUCUAUUUGCUAGCGGAUUAUUAUUUCAAAAAUCGUGACUUUUCAAAAGCAAUUAAAUACUAUACUUUGGAUUUAACAAUAAGUCCCACACGCUUCGAUUCGUGGGCGGGCAUGGCGUUGUCGAAGGCGAGCAAAAUUGAAACAAGACUUAAUGGUUUGACGCCACUCAAUCCGAAUAACGUAUUGGCUGAGUCUGAGGAUACAAUUCGCUGUUUUGAAAUGUGCAUUUGUUUGAAUCGUCAACAAACGUUGCUUUGGAUUGAAUACGGUUCAUUCACCUACACAAUGCAUUCAUAUUGCUCACGACAACUCAAGAACUCAGCUGAAAGUUUAACAGCCGAACAAUCAUCACUGCUGCAAACGCGCAAGGGUCGUGCAUUGAAUAUAUCACACAAUUGCUUUUCCUUAGCUGCUGCUUUGCAAAAUACUGAGCAAACAGAAAGCGAAGAGAAUGAAGAUUCACAUGAGGAGAAAUGGUUAUGCCAGUAUAUGUUGGGCAAAAUUGCUGAAAAGCAGAAAGAACAUCCUAAAACAUAUUUGAAUUUUUAUCUGAAGGCUGCCAAUAAUCUGUAUGAAAGUAAUGCCACUUAUCCCAUCAAGAUUAAUCACAGCAAUCCCACAACGCUGUCGGUGGAGGCGUUGGAAGUUUUCUACCGCACGAAUGCAUCGAUUAUAAAAUUCUUGGAAAAACAAAAAGAAAUUUCACGCGAUAUUGGUAAUCAUCUGAGCAGCGUUUUAAAGAAUUUGGCAAGCAGUCCUUUUGCUUUUAAUAAAGCCAAAAUCGAUGGCAACAGUUUGAAUGCGUUGAAGCGCAAAGUUGUCAUUGACAAAAGUGAGCAAGCCAAAAUGGCGAAAACUUGCAAGAAAUCGAAUUACGAUCCAAACUCUAGUCCAGCUACGCGUACGGAAGCAACAAAAGAAGAAGGAACAGAAGAACAAAAUCCCAAAGACGUUCAAAAGGAAGCACCCAAAGUAGUACCAGUAGUGCCAGCACAAGAGUUGAGUGUCGAAAAACCUGCAACUACUAAAAGCAAUCCUUCACGUCGCGAAUCGGAGGAAAGCGGUGUUACUGUCACAACCACCACAAUAACAAGCAGCACUACAUCGGUCACCAGCGGUACAGACUCAUCAUCAUCCGACUCGGAUUCAGAUUCCGAUGGCACUUCGAACGAUUCAAAGAAACUGAAUGCUCCAUAUCCCGCUUACAAAGUGGAGAAUAUCUAUAAAAUAGUUGUGCAAAAUUUAGAAGAGUGUGUCACACGUUUCCCCGAACACUAUAAGUCGAUCUAUCGCCUGGCAUAUCAUUACAAGAACACAGCUUUAGCGAAUUUCAAAAAUCUACAACGUGGCGAAGAAUUAUUGUUGGGGCAAUACAAAACCAGUUUGGAGAAUCAAAUUAAUGGCGUGUUCUACGAUAGAAAAUGGAAUAACAUAUUUAAUGGCAUUUGGCGUAUACCGUCGUCAGAGAUCGAUCGUCCUGGAAAUUUCUCAUCGCAUUUGGUCAAAUGCGCUGCUAUUGCCAUUGAAUUGCUAUACGAAACUAAAAAUCACAAAUUACUUAUCGACGUAGGACUGCAACUUUUUAAGACGCCAGAGCAAGACAAACGUUAUAUAAAAGAUUGCGAGAGAGUGAAACUCUCCCAACAAGCACUGACUUAUUGUGCUCAAAUAAUGCGAGACAUAUUGAAGCAAAAUAUGGAGAAUCGCAAUGAUGUGGAAACAUUAAAUCUCUUAAUCGACAUAUACAAAGUCCAUAAGAAGUGUUUAAAAUAUAUGAAUCAGAAGGAAUCACUCUUCACCGAUCUCAUGGUCGAUGUAUAUAAAUUUUACAUACAAAAUAAAGUCGAUAAUGUGCCAGAGAAUCUGAAUUUUCUCGAUUUAGCUAUUAAACUGUGUUUACAUGAGAUUGCAACUCGUCGCAAUCAGGAAAAAACGAAUAGCAAUGAUUACGAAUCAUUUCAGGGUCUAAUAAAUCCUGCAGCACAGUCAUUCAACAUGAAACCCAAACAGGUUUAUAUACCCGGUCUGACGAUGCGUCAACGCGGACGUACAAGUCUUAACAAAAGCAUUGAGAGUGGCAUGGGUGGUGAGAAUAUGCCUGGCAUGGGCAUGCAUGCGCCUACAGCAACCAGUGAUUCCAUUUGGGGCAAUCUACUUAGAGGAGAUUUCUUAUCCUUAGAGAUGCAGCAACUGUUGGAGGCAUCUAAACAAGUAAUAGAAAGCAAACAAAAUGAUCCCCUAUUCAUGAGGGAAGUGCUAGAGCAAUAUAAAGCCAUGUUGCAAUCCUUACCCAACGAGCCAAUUGCUGCUGCACCAAUUGCACCUACGAUGCCACCUAUGGCAAUGCAAACAAAUCCCGUACUGUCUUCAAUGAGCAAUUUGUCAGCUUUAGCACCGAAUCCUAUAUUUCUAUCAGCUUCAUUGCCCAUGGAAACAACAAUAACACCAUCAAUAACGAAGCAUCCACAAGAAACUGCCAUUACACAGACAUCGAUUAGCGCCGCACAGUCAUUGGCUAAUUACGACAUAACAAUAACACCAUUUUGCAGCAUCAAUACCACAAUGCCAAUGAAUAUGCCCAACGUUUCCACCGUCACGGCGAGUAAUAAACUCAACACUAGCAUCAAUCCAACCGAUACAAAUGUAGCAGCAUCACCAUUCAUUUACAACGCCUCACCUGUCUCAUCCGUUGCACAUGCGCAAUCCGCCAAUUUCACCAUGACUAUGAGUAGUCCAACAACGCAAACGAAAGCCAAAGGAUGUGGAACGAAAGUCGGUAAACAUCUAAAUGUCGUGAAUGCGUCACUAGUAAAUCCGUCGUUAGCAACUUUUGGUAGCAGCGACUUGUAUAAUCAGCAAAUGCAAAUGUUUAUGAAUCUAAUGCAAGAUGGUAAUACCUUCCAGCAGCUACCACCGCAACAACUGCAAAACUUUUCAAUGCCAACACAACAAAAGCCGCCACGCACUGCCGCAAAACGUAAACCGAAGCAAACAAUUCCCGUCACCGCAAUGAGUUCGAAUAUGCUACCCAACACUGCCAUGAAUACACUACAAAUGCCCAAACAGGAAACGUUGAGUACACAAACAAACGUUAUGCUUGGUGAGAGUCAUCCACUAUUCUGUCCCACAAUGGAUGUAACCGGUGCUGCACUCAAACAGUUUACGGUAAGUUCGAUUGCGCCAACUAAUCCAUUGCCAACAAUAGCAUCAACAACACAGCCAGUAAUAUUGAGUUCGCCACAAGCAAUUAGCGGUCAGCCAACGACGCCCACAAAGACACUACAACAGAAAUUAGCCGAACGUAAAAAGGCCAAUCAACAGAGUGAAUCGAUGAGUUCGUCCAAUACUAAUUUAAAUAUAAAUACAGAAGUUAUAAUAUUAGACUGAUAGUAAGUUGUAAGUUUAAU